UGACUUUCCCUUUCUCACUCACAUGAUCUUAAUUCUUAAAUUACCAUUAAGUAAUUUUGAAAUCCAUAAAGCCAAAAAUAUCCAUAGCCACAUUCAAUCCAAUUGAAUUGCAAGUCAAGGAACAGGUUCGGUUUCUUUUCCCCUUUCGAUCCGAUCCAGAAGAUCCGGAUUUUUUGGUCAUGAGCUCUGAGCAUUCCGGAACUGCCGGUGGUUUGCCGGCGCCGGGAAGUUCCGGAGGCAAGGGAAACUCGUCGUUGUCAUCGGCGUCGGGGACGAGCAAGGAGAAGCAAAAGGAGAAAGCGAGAGUGAGUAGAACGUCGCUGAUAUUGUGGCACGCUCACCAGAAUGAUUCUGGUGCUGUUCGCAAGCUCCUAGAGGAGGAUCAAUCCCUCGUCCAUGCUAGAGAUUACGACAGCCGCACUCCUCUUCAUGUUGCAUCGCUUCAUGGUUGGAUCGAAGUUGCCAAGUGUUUGAUUGAACACGGUGCUGAUGUUAAUGCCCAAGAUCGCUGGAAGAACACUCCACUAGCUGAUGCGGAAGGAGCUAAAAAGCAUGGCAUGAUUGAGCUUUUAAAAUCGUAUGGUGGCCUUUCCUACGGCCAAAAUGGAAGCCAUUUUGAACCAAAGCCUGUUCCUCCUCCUCUGCCAAAUAAAUGUGACUGGGAAAUUGAUCCUUCUGAACUGGAUUUUUCAAACUCAGCUAUUAUUGGCAAGGGGUCCUUCGGGGAAAUUUUGAAGGCCUAUUGGCGUGGAACCCCCGUAGCUGUCAAACGUAUUCUUCCAUCACUUUCGGAUGAUAGACUUGUUAUUCAGGACUUUCGACAUGAGGUUAAUCUGUUGGUGAAGCUACGCCACCCUAACAUUGUCCAAUUUCUUGGAGCUGUCACUGAGAAGAAGCCACUUAUGCUAGUCACUGAAUAUUUAAGAGGGGGCGAUCUUCACCAGUACCUCAAGGACAAAGGUUCACUCAGUCCUGCAACGGCCAUCAAUUUUGCACUGGACAUCGCCAGGGGAAUGGCUUAUCUCCACAAUGAGCCAAAUGUUAUAAUUCACCGUGAUCUAAAACCAAGGAACGUUCUUUUAGUCAAUUCUGGUGCGGACCAUCUAAAAGUUGGUGAUUUCGGUCUAAGCAAGCUCAUCAAGGUUCAGAAUUCACAUGAUGUUUACAAAAUGACUGGCGAGACCGGGAGCUACCGGUAUAUGGCUCCUGAAGUUUUUAAGCACAGAAAAUAUGAUAAGAAGGUGGAUGUGUUUUCUUUUGCGAUGAUAUUAUACGAGAUGCUUGAGGGAGACCCUCCACUGGCGAAUUAUGAACCAUAUGAAGCUGCCAAGUACGUGGCUGAAGGUCAUAGACCGAUGUUCCGUGCGAAAGGAUACCUUCCUGUACUGAGAGAGUUAACAGAAGAAUGUUGGGCAUCUGAUAUGAACAAGAGACCAUCUUUCUUGGAAAUUCUCAAAAGACUUGAAAAGAUCAAGGAAAAUCUGCCAACUGAUCAUCACUGGAAUUUGUUUAAUGCAUAACAUUCAAAGUGAUGGUAUAAAAUUUCAAAUGUGAAUGCAGUAUAGUAUGCCGUUCCUAACAUUCAGCUUUCUUCUGCUCGAUUAUAUGCCCCUGAAGUUGCAAGUUUUUCUCGAAUAGCAGAGAUUGUGGGAAAAAAGAUUAAAACAAAAAAAAUUUACGGCCUGUUUUCACUCUGCUCAAAUGCUGAUUUUGAACAGAGCCUGUGAGUUUGAUUGAAAUUUCUCGUUUUUUUUUCUUCACCAGCUCGCUCUAGUAUCGUCAUUCCAAAUCCCAGUCCCAUUUACCGUGGAGGAAACUCCUCCAAAAUGUGGCCUUCUUCAAUGGUCUUUCAUAGGAUUGAACUGUUUCUUCUCAUCUUUCAAUUGUAAUUUAGUUUUGGUAACGAAGAAAACACAAGCAUUCUAUGUAGUUCUACUUCCAUGGCUUCUCUGACUGUCUUUUGGUGUAAAAAAUGGAUUUAGUUUGUUGCAAAUGUAGAAUAGAUGAUUGUGGCAAUUUUCUGUUUCUUGAUUA